AUGAAAAUAGUCAAAGCUAAAGUAGAAUUGCAGAAAAUUAAUUAUCGCCUCGAACCAGGAUUUCUCGAACUAUCAAUGUGUACUGAUAAGCUCCUCAAGAAAAUAGGUGGUAAAAUUAGCAGAAAAUUAACACUCAAAGAAAAAGAUAGCAAAUUCAUCAGAGAAGAAGCCACAGCUCCACUUGGAUUGGUCGUAAUCUCACUCACAUUUACAUCUAAUAUAAAAGAUAAUAUCCAUCUUAAUAAUAAAAAAUCUAUCACGAUUUCAACUGAAGUACUGGUUGAUAGAUAUAACUCUACAUUACCUAAUUAUAUAUUGCUUGGUAAUAAUUGGUUCUAUAGACGCAAAUAUGAUGAUGAUGAGCUCCAGACUUAUAUAUCAGAAAUAGUGACUGAUGCAGAAGAUGCCUGGAUAAGAACAACUUUGCAUAUUAAAAACCUAACUGAGAAGAAAGAGAAGAGAGUAAUAGUAUCUAUUAGUAAAAGAGAUAUUCAUGAUUUUUACAAAAUACUUCCUGGGAAAUCAAAAGAUUCGGGCACUUCCAAUUCGGAUACUUCUUUCAAUUCAGAUACUUCGGACAGCGAUUCAAGUUAUUUUUCCAUAUCUAGUUUGGAAAUAGAAGUUACACAUGCAUAUAAGACUAGAGCAGUAAAGAAACACCCUAUUUGA